UGUACAAUAUUUGAGGAGAGAGUAAUGCGGACGUCCGCAAUUCCAUAUCCAACCUCACUAUGCCGUUGGGCUCGGCCUAUACACCCAAAAAAACAAUUACAUGCAUGAAUAGACAUAAUCUUCGUCAUGCACGAUUGACACACUGUCUGCAGCCUACUUGCGUAACAUGUGUUUUCGGAAAUCUGCAUCUACACCCAUCUGCACACACAUGUGCAGAUGGGAAGGAGAAAUACCCUCAUAACCCACAUAUGUUUUAAGCGCAGGCUGUAACUCCCGCAUAGUUGUGAGCAUAGGGACACGAUACAGCUGCACGCCUUCCGGGUGAUCUGAUCACACAAAGUUCGUAGUAACGCUUCCAUGUGUACAGACUGAGCCCGACUAGCCCAUUGCGAAGACGGUGGGGAGGCAGCAAACACACGUAUCAAUUGUCCACGUGCUGGUAACGAUGCACGACCGAAAGGUGAGGAACGAAAUACCGCACCUGGUACUCACCCUUGACCUUGAGAUGUCGAGCAUCAUCACGUGCAGUGUCACCAGUAGGUCGUUCUACCUGAAAGAAGUCAACAUAAAUCCUAUCACUGGCUGUUUCUUCUUAAAGAGCACCACAUGGCCAGCCACUCUAUCGUGACCCACAACUUGGGCCGGACCAAACCACUUGGCACGUAACUUGUGGUUGCCCACGUCCCGCCAGAAGCGAACGGUCGUGCCAACCGGAAUGAGUUGAGUUGCCUUACGAUCGCGAUCAGCAUCUCGCUUUUGCGCAAGGCGUCGACGCUCAUCAAGGCGGUCUGUCACGAACUGCUGCUUCCAGGCCUUCGUCAUUAAGAAACAUUUCACCGAACUUAACCUAGAGAAACAAACGUUAAGGACCAUUAUAAACACGCCCAGUAUGGGUGAAGAACAGCGAGAACCCAUUAGAAGGGACUACCGUAGCAUCGUAUGCAAGCGCCGAGUUGUAGACGUUCUCCACCAAAUCAUGAUAAUUAGCAUCUUCGCCAGACAUCGCUAUCCAUUCCAGCAACGUCCUGAUGCCUCACUCCGCCCGCCAAUUACCUUCAUGGUGGGCUACAGAAGUGAGAUGUACAUGGAAGCCCUGGUGGAGUCCGAAGUUGCUGAAGGUAUCACUAUCGAAGAUGUAUCUAUAUCAGCAGUCACUUGCUCCCUAAAAUACUUGACCACACCCAGAGCCGUUUUCAUCACUGAAGUGAAAACACUAAGCACCAUAAGCUUAAAGACUUCGUUGAUGGCGACCAGCACUGAACACUCCCCUCCCGGAGCAGCCGGAAAUUCAACAAAGUCACACGACCAAUUCGCCGAGAGAAUCAAAGAGCUUUUUGGCUGUUGGAACAAAGCAAGAGUUUCUGGCGGAGGGAACCCAUGGAGCUGACAAGGUUCACACACCCGCCCAAUCAUUUGGAGCUGAGGGCGCAAUCCGAUCCACAUGCUCGAGCCCAAAUUGCGCAGCAUGUGCAUAGGUCAAGUACGCAUACUGAAGAGCCUGAACAACCUGAGAGCCCAUAAGGAAUACACCCCAUAAAGAGCGUGACGGGCAAGCUUCUAGGACCGGCCAAGAAUCGACAGAUAAUGGCACCGCACGCCGACGCUUUCUAGCUGGCUUGUCAGUGGAAACCUCAAGCUCCACAACUGGAUCCGACGGUGGAUACAACUCGGCAGCCGUGUGUUUACCAGCAGAUACUGGUGAACUGCUACUGACGUUUGUGGGCGAAGCGGGCUCGUCAACCCCACCAACAUGAGAUAACACUUCUGAGGUAGUACUAGCAUUCGGUUAAGUAGCGACAGGUACAGAAUCCGAACAAGCGGUGUAGUAAGUUACGCUCGAAUAACUAUAUCUGAACGUUCUCCCUCAUUAGUCAGGGAGACGUUGCGUCUUUAAUAGAUUAUUGGAUAACUGACUAAGACUCGUCAUGUGUUCGGUCUCUAUAGGGAUCGAACACAAUCUAAGUUUAUCAGAUCCUAUGAUCUGAUAACCACAAACUAACUUUAUCAGAUCCUAUGAUCUGAUAAACACAAACUAGGUCUAUCAGAUCCUAUGAUCUGAUACACCUGUUAAAACUAGGGGUUACCCUCCUAUAUGGGUAUUGCGACUACAGCGGCCUCUCCCAUACGCCCCACCACCGAAUCAUCACUCAACUGAACCCUCUCCACCAGGUGUUCAACUACUGCCUCCUCGGAUUGUACCGCAUGCAGGUCUUCAGACUCAGGCACAGAAACCCUCAAACGCCCCACCUUUGCAAACGCCUACUCUGCCUUCGUCACCGAUUGCUCAAGCACAGUGGCCGAUAACUUGGGCAUCAAUACACACUGUAGCAUUUAGCGACCAGAUUGUCAAAAGGCCAAUCCAAAUCACAAAACCCAGGAUCAUCAAAUAUUGAGUUUUGGAAUUAGGAUUGUAAUAUUUCUGAUAUUAGAGUCAUCAGAAAUAUUAGCUGUAGAACCGGUAAACUAAACCGGGACUCCGCGUGUGAGAAAAACAUUCAAGUAAAUCCUGAGUCUAGUGAAAACACAGCUAAAGACUCCGUUCGGUUCUCUCCGAUUGAGGACUUUUCCUAGCUGAGAUAACUGUACUUG